UUUCUGGAACUGGAAUUGAAGGCAUUGAGCAAGAUCGCAUGCAAUCGGUUGCAGAAAGAGCUGGUGGAGUGGCAGGUGAAUCCGCCCGCCGGUUUUAAGCAUAAACCUACUGAUAAUCUUAAGAGAUGGGUAAUUGAAGUCAACGGGGUACCGGGUACGCUUUAUGCUGGUGAAAUGUACCAGCUUCAAGUUGAUUUUCCGGAGCAUUACCCUAUGGAAGCGCCGCAGGUUAUAUUUGUUCCUCCAGCGCCUUUGCAUCCUCACAUUUAUAGUAAUGGCCAUAUAUGUUUAGGUUUGUCUCUAUUUUGACUCGAUUCCCUUCCCCACGCCCCGAAAUAUAGAAAUUGAUUCGAUAUCAAUAUGCUUGAAUUUGCUUGCUCUUUAUUAUUGUGACCUUUUCCGUGGUUGAUUUCCUGUUUUGGAUUAGUGUAGUGUGCAAUCUUUUUGGCUUUGCUACUAUGGAAAAUGAUGUUGAAGAGUAUGUAUCAUUUGUGAACUAUUAUGACUUUCAGAUCGAAC